CCAAACUCGAUUUUAAAAUUGGUGUAUGUAAGUUUCUAGACCUGUCUUCUUCAAUCAAAAGUCAAAACCCUAAUUUGGAAUAGCUUUCUGAAGAUGAUGCCGGAGAAGACGAUUAUUUCGUCGGAGAGUUCAAAUUCGUCUCCGUUAAACCCUUCUUCUACGCGGAUUAUCUGCCAUGUAUGUAAUAAGCAGUUCUCGCAGUACACUUGUCCUCGCUGCAACUUCCGGUACUGUUCCCUUCCUUGUUACAAAUCUCACAGUGUCCAAUGUACUGAAUCAUUCAUGAGAGAUAAUGUAAACGAUGAAUUGAAGCAAGUUCGAUCUGAUGAUCAAACGAAAAGGAAGAUGCUCGAAAUUUUGAAAAGGUUUCACGAAGAAGAAGAGGAAGAUGAUGGGGGAAUUGAUAGCAUCACGGAUGAUGAAGGUUUGAGCUUACCGGAGGAGAUUAUUCAGAAGAUAAUGAACGGAGAUGAAGUGAGUCUUGAUGAUUUGAGCUUAGAAGAGAGAAAAGGAUUCCAAAGAGCCUUAGCUUCUGGAGAAUUAAGCAAAAUGAUCCAACCAUGGGAUCCUUGGUGGUUACUUGCUUCAGCUCGAACGAUCAAUCUUGGACUCGGAGGUACACAACUUGUUCAAUGCGUUGAAGACGAAGAAGAGACCACAGUUGUGAGUGAAAUCCCACGAGGGCCUGAUACACCUUUGAUCUCACUAAGCAAGCUUACCUCCACGAAUCCAUCUCCUCUCUUACCAAUCCAUUUGAUUGACAUUGCAUAUAGUUAUUGCUUUACGCUCCGUAUCUAUAAUGGAGAGUGGCAAUCUGAUUCGCUUGGUGCAGCAACAAUGGUGUUGACUGUUUCAUCAGUUUUGGGUCACAAUGGACAACCAGAGACCAUAAAGGAAGUGUUGUCCUUUUGCUUGGAACAGACAUGCUCUUCAGCUUAUAAAAACCUUGGUGGUGGUCUGAAGUUCGGAUUGAAUCUGGUGGAUGAUGUGAUUUGUUUUCUUUCUCUUGGCUCUGGAGCUAUGGUAUGUCUGCUCGGUGAUCUCCAAAGGUUGAUUCUUGGUGCAAUAAAGGAAGUAAAAUCAUCAUCAGGGCGUGAUCUGAAGAAGAAACUAAAGCUUGCAGAGAGGAAAGUGUUCUACAUGAUGUGUUGGGUCAAUGAGCAGAAUUCUGAAGUAUGGGAAGCUCUGGAACCAUCUGUAAGGGCAGAGAAGAACUCGGUGGUUGAGCUCAACGAUUACAGAGGGUUUCCAGAAAUGAAGAAGAAAGAUCAAUUUCGAAAAGGUGGUGGCGUGGUGAUUGAGGAGAUAGAAUGAGUUCUGAUGUCGUAGUUACAUAGCUUGAUGAUGUAAGGUAUGUUAACAAAUGAAUAUCUUGUGGUGUUCCUAAUUAAAAAAUGUAAGGUGUGUUAACUAGGCAAACGAUAUAUAUAUAUAUAUAUCUUGCUUGGUUUCCCUUGGUAGCAUAUGAAUCCCAAAUCUUCAUGAUCGUACCUGGAACUUGACGAUACCUUAGCCAAAAAAACAAUGAAAAAUCUGAGAACUCUAAUGGCUUUCUAGUUUACCAUCUC